AUGCCUACACCAAAACUAGCGGAGACCGCCUGGGGCUGCUUGGGACAGUCUCUUAACGAUCAUAAGCCACUGGAGGGGCUGGACCUUGGCGCACUCCUGGUGGGCAAUUGCUCAGCAACAGCCCAGUGGUGCAGCACGUCCAAGCUGGAGCUCGUGCAGUUCGAUACCAACUGGACCGAGUUAGGGAGGCUCUGUGAGCGCCAUUCAAACUAUGAGACCGCAGCGGAACUAUAUGAGGCUGGUCGCAAGAGACAAUGCGAAAUUUACCCGGGGCCUAACAUGUAUCAGGAUUAUUUUAAGGACAGCAUUCGGGUUUGCCAUACCUACAUGCUGGCAGGUUCUCAGAGGGCCGAGGAGGAGAUUCAAAAGCUUUGGGAUAAGGUUGAGAAAACCAACUCGGUCUCUCAAUCUUUAAAUUAUCUUAAAAUAUGUCGACACGACGAUAGCGCCAGCUUCCUUCUUGAGCGGUGUCUACUCUCCUGCGAGAACCAGCGUUCCAUCAACAGGCCGACCACGCUGUCCUUGCUAAAGUCUCUCGCGGAUAUGUCCUUCGAGCAAGGCGAGUUGAGACGAGCAGAGGACUACUAUACCCAGGCUCAAAAUCUGGCGGAGCAAUGGCUGGGUCGUCAGCACCCCGAAGUUGCAAUCCGCCAAGCUAUGUGUGGCGUCACCGCAGGCCUGCGUGGGCACCAUGGGGAAGCAAUGGAGAUCUUUCGCGAGGCAGUGCAGCUUGCCAGGGAGACUUUCCCAGAGAACCAUCGCUUUGUUGUCCGGCUUCACCUACGGUGGGCGCUCUCCAUGGCCGUCGAGGGCCGGUAUGCCGAAGCGAAAACAAACUUGAACAACAUCCUGGAGGCUCUAGAUCAGACAAUCAAUGUCGUUGACCCGCAAUUAUUACAUCAGACUCUAACAAUUUUGAAUAAGUAUUUCUGGACGAAGAAGGAUAGGAUAGAGCUGGAAGCAAUAUGGAAUCAUGUUCUUGAGUCGGAUGCUUUUAGUUCUAGUAGUUGGGCAAAACUGUCAUUAGAAUCAGCCGAUGGAUGCUUCUUGGUUUACCCGAGCUCUACGGAUAACUCUUGUAGCGACACUACGGCGUAUUCGCGUGCUUUGGAUAGUGGUGAGCAGACCUAG